CUCCCUGCCGCGUGCGCCCGGGCAGUGCACCUCGGCAGGCCCCAGCCAUGUCGAUGCUGCCGUCGUUCGGCUUCACGCAGGAGCAAGUGGCGUGCGUGUGCGAAGUUCUGCAGCAAGGCGGGAACCUGGAGCGUCUGGGCAGGUUCCUGUGGUCGCUCCCCGCCUGCGACCACCUGCACAAGAACGAAAGCGUGCUCAAGGCCAAGGCCGUGGUUGCCUUCCACCGCGGGAACUUCCGCGAGCUCUACAAGAUCCUGGAGAGCCACCAGUUCUCGCCUCACAACCAUCCCAAGCUGCAGCAACUGUGGCUGAAGGCGCACUACGUGGAGGCCGAGAAGCUGCGCGGCCGGCCGCUGGGCGCGGUGGGCAAAUAUCGAGUGCGCCGAAAAUUCCCGCUGCCGCGCACCAUCUGGGACGGCGAGGAGACCAGCUACUGCUUCAAGGAGAAGUCACGGGGCGUGCUGCGCGAGUGGUACGCGCACAACCCAUACCCCUCGCCUCGUGAGAAGCGGGAGCUGGCCGAGGCCACUGGGCUCACCACCACCCAGGUCAGCAACUGGUUUAAGAACCGGAGGCAAAGAGACCGGGCCGCGGAGGCCAAGGAAAGGGAGAACACCGAAAACAAUAACUCCUCCUCCAACAAGCAGAAUCAACUCUCUCCUCUGGAAGGGGGCAAGCCGCUCAUGUCCAGCUCAGAAGAAGAAUUCUCACCUCCCCAAAGUCCAGACCAGAACUCGGUACUUCUGCUGCAGGGCAAUAUGGCCCACGCCAGGAGCUCAAACUAUUCUCUCCCUGGCUUAACCUCCUCGCAGCCCAGCCACAGCCUGCAAGCCCACCAACAUCAGCUCCAGGACUCCCUGCUGGGCCCCCUCACCUCCAGUCUGGUGGACUUGGGGUCUUAAGUGGGGAGGGGCUGGGCCUGGAAGCAGUGACUAGGGACACCUGUAAAUAGAAAUCAGGAACAUUUUUGCAGCUUGUUUCUGGGGUUCUCUGCAUAUAAAGGAAUGGUGAACUUUCACAAAUAUCUUUUUAAAACUCAAAACCAACAGCAAUCUCAAGCUUAGUUGCCUUCUUCUCUCCGACUCUUGCAUUUCCCAUCCCAGUGCAGAGAUCAGGAAAAAAAAAAAAACCCAAACAAACAAAAGCACCCAGUCACCCAGUCUUGGUUCUGGGCAAUCCAUGUGCCAGCUUCAGUAGCCUUUCUUU